CUAGUUGACCCAGGAAAUAAACUGGACAGGACUUUAAACUUGUAUGUUUUUUUUUUUUUGUUUGUUUUUUUACCCGAAACAUUUUUUCUUUCCAUCAAUCAAGCACGCACGAUGAGUUGUUGCAUGAAUGACGAUGACCCUUUUCCCGCUGACGAGUGUUUGUUCACUGACACCUUUUCUCAGGACAGCGUUUAUAACUUAAUGGGACAAGAGCUGAGCAUCAUACAGUUAUUCGGUGCAAACCUCGGCGUGGCUGCUCCAGUGUGGGAAUCCGCAGUACAAUUGUGUCGAUACUUUGAGGGUCAUAGUGUGGAGUGGCGUGGGAGACGCGUCAUCGAACUGGGAUCGGGAACUGGUGUUGUUGGGAUUGUGGCUGCUCGCCUCGGCGCAGAUGUGACCCUCACUGACCUUCCCAUGACUCUUCCACAGCUUGAGGCCAAUGUCUGUGCCAACAUGCCAUCCAGCGGUUGGCCAUCUGCCCCUCCCACUGUCCUCCCUCUGUCCUGGGGUGAGGACCACACGAAGUUCCCCUCAGACUGGGACCUGGUGCUGGGCGCAGAUAUCGUUUACAUCCCCAAACUGUUUCCACUGUUAGUGGACACGCUGGCUCAUCUGUGCAAGCAAAAAGGUGUGGUUUACCUCUCCUCCAAAAUGCGGAAAGAGCACAAGACGGCAAGUUUUUUCAAAAAGCAUCUGCCAACAAGAUUUAAUGUACAACUUGUGCACCGCUAUGACAAUCUAAACAUUAAUAUUUAUCGAGCAUCUUUUAGAAAAGCCCGUUAAGAGCACCGACAUUUUUACCAAGGGUAUGAUUUAACAAUUUUGGAUAAGAAACAAAUGUCACAUUGUCACUUUUAUAUCAUCAUUUUUAAAAAGUUAGUUUACAAUUUUUUUUAUAGUCGGUACUACAUCUGUCUCACAGUUGAAAGGGUCUGGGUUUGAAUCUCUACUCAGCACUUUCCUGUGUGGAUUUUGCAUGUUCUCGUCAAGUUUAUGUGCGUUUCCUGCAGAUACUCUGCUUUUCUUCCACAUUCCAAAAUUGGAUCAUUUUGGAUUAAAUUAGGUGUGAAUGUGAGUGUGAAUGGUUGUCACUUUUUAUGUGCCUUGCAAUUGCCCGGCGACCAGUUUGGAUAGUACUCCACCCCAGAGUAAAUCGGGCAAAAUGAAUGGCUGGAAUUUAUGAUUAAAUUUUAAACAAAGCAUAUUCUACAUUUCAUGUUGACUUGUUAAUGUUUACUUAAUUCUCUUGAGAAACGAUAAAAAUAAUCUUCAUGAUGGAGAUACUGAUUGUAGUUAUAUAACUACUUCCUAUUGAUUGUUAAAGCAGUCAGAUUGUGAUCAUUUGAUAUUCAAAUUAGGGAUGGGCAUUUCAAUGUAUUACCUUGAUCAGUUAUGGGGAGCACAAUUAAGUCAUUAUUAUGCUGAAACAUUUUUGGAACUCGUGUUGAUGCUAGUGUUGCUAGGGUGUAAUGCAGCACAUCUUACCACAACCAUUCUCAUCUUAUUUCCAACAAAAAAAAAAACAGUUGACACUGAAUUUUGCUUAAAGACAAGUACAAUUUCAAAAUUAUUGUUUACAUAAUCGGAAUUCCUAAUUAUUUCAAAUCACAGUCUUAAUAUACCAAAGAUGUGUUCUUUUACACGUACAAUUUACUUGUGAGAUGACUAUUGAAUAAAAUGAAUGAUGAAAACAAA